GAAAUUUGUUCAAUUCCAAAGGACUCUGUCAACUAAAGGUUUGUUUAGCCUUAAAUUUUUUGAAAAAUUUAUAUAUCUUCACUACGAUUGUGAAGAGAAAUUGAGCAUGGCAGACCAGAUGCCAGGGAUUCCAUCUCAACAGGUUGUUGCAACCAGUGUUCACUUAUCAGAAAAUAAUCACUUUGAUAGACGUAAAUGGUACUUCAGUAGGCAAGAAAUUCAUGAUCGUUCCCCUUCUAGAAAGGACGGAAUUGGCUUUGUGAAGGAGUCUGAAUUACAGAAGUUGUACUGCUCAUUUAUUUGUGAGCUUGGCAAGACGCUUAAAGUGCAUGAUUGUUUCUUGAAUAUCAUUAAGUUAUUGGUUGCAAAUCUCUUGUCAGCCCACCAUAUCUGGAGUCAUCUUUUAGCAGAUUCUAAAACUUUGCUAUCUGAGAGAGAAUCAACUUAUCUUUAGAAUGAUAGACGUGCAAGCCUCAAAUAUGUUCAAAGCUGACCCUUGAGAAAUGACCUUAAGAAUAUUGCUCUGUAGUUGUGUAACUGUGAUGUUAUCCUUGACAUGUUGCAAUUUCCAUGGAGUAGAAACUUUUUUCCUUGUACUUUUUGGCAUCACAUAUUCACCUAGAUGGUGAUCGAUGAUGUCUGCCUUUCAGACCUCAGGUGACAAUAGCAUGUGCAUUGAUGUUAUGCCACCGGUUUUACAUGCGUCAAUCUCACGCGAAGAACGAUUGGCAGACGAUUGCAACUGCCAGCAUGUUUCUUGCUUGCAAAAUAGAAGAAACCCCACGCUUGUUGAGGGAUGUUGUUGUCAUGGCUUAUAAGAUGAUAUACAAAUGGGAUCCUUCUGCCCCACAAAGAAUUCGAAGAAUAGAAUUUUGUGAUAAGCAGAAGGAAUUGAUCACAACUGCAGAGAGGCUAUUAUUGGCGACAAUUGCAUUUGAUUUUGACAUCCAACUCCCCUACAAGCCACUUGUUGAUGCUUUAAUGAAAUUGCAGAUAUGCCCAGAUCUUGCAAGAGUAGCAUGGAACUUUGUGAAUGAUUGGCUCUGUACAACAGUGUGCUUGCAAUACAAGCCCCAUUAUAUUGCAGCUGGUUCCUUGUUCCUUGCUGCCAAACUUCAGAAAGUGAAACUUCCUACAGAAAAGGGAAAGAUUUGGUGGCAGCAGUUUGAUAUUUCACCUAAACAAUUAGAAGAGGUCAUCCAAGAGAUGGUCAGAUUGUUGGAACAAGACAAGAAACAAGCUCCACCUCCGAUGCACGAGAUGUCCACUCGUUCUAGAACUUCAGUUGGAAAGACAAUCACCAGCAGUGCACAAUCAGCAGUUUCAAGCGUAUCAAAUGCUAGUUUACAUUCUACCGGCAGAGCCAUCAAAGAAUCUCAAGUCUUGGGCAAGAGAAACAUUGGCAUGAAAAAAGAUUUACCGAGUCAAACAAGCGAGAGUGGUGCCGUAAGCAGCAUUGAUGAUGGUGAUGGUGAGAAUCAACCAGAUUUAAAUUCAAGCUGUAACAAUUCUUCCAGUAAGAUUGAUGCUGACCGGAUUAGAGAAGCAUUGAAGAGGAGGAGAUGCGAAAGAGCUUCAAGUAAAAAGUCUGGUGAAACCAUGAACGCUGAGGUCGGUAGUGAAGCCUGGAUAGAAAGGAAGCUGGAGGAUGGCAUAGAGCUAGUAUCUGCUGCCUCUUCAGAUAAGAGACAAAGGAAAUUGUAAGGUUGCAUUCUAGUAACUAGAGUAUCAUUCCUAGCUAGAAUUCUUUCUUAAUAUCUGUAAAUUUCACGAUGGCCAUUUUUUUCAGUGCAGAAUAGUCUUUUAACAAUAAUUAUCAACAAUACUGGAUUCAUAGAAUAUACUGUAAACCGUUGUAGUAUUAGGUUCAGCUUUUUACGAUUUGGUCCUGCAAUUAUGGAUUUUUUGUUA